AUGACGAAGGGAAAACUGAAGCCAGAAUGGGAGAUCUUCUUCGACACGCUUGCUAAGGUGUUCUCUCCCACUGACAGGAGAAAUUUUCACAACAUAUCCAACAUACUGCAAGUAUUUGGAGUAUGUAUUGGUUUUAAUCGUCAGAUUGACUUUGGUACAACUAUCCUGAAGGAAAUUCUGAGGAAGAUGGGACCACUUGGAAGUCGGAAUGUGGAAACUAAUCAUAAAGUUGAAUGCUUUUAUCCACGAUUCCUGAUGUUGCUUUUAAAUGAUAAGAUGACUGAAGCCGACAAGAACUUCUACUUCAAUGCUGAAAGACUCAAUGUCAAACAGACCAGUCUCAAGUUGAUCAACAAACUGGCUAAAGGAAACAAGUACAACGAAGUUCCACUCAUUGUUACUCCCUUUAUGUCGGAAAGGUUCAAUGCUCAAAUUGUUCCUUAUCAAGUUCAAGUGUCUCAACAACAACAACAUCAACAACAACAGCAACAAGAUCAGCAACUUCAACUUCAACUUCAACAACCACCUCAACCUCAAGAUCAACAACAACAACAAUCACCACAUCACACCCCUGAACAAUCACCAGUUCAAUCACCAAUCCCCCAAUGA